AUAGAAGAACUCAAUACAAGUGUUGAUCGAUGUUCGAUAGAAUAUUAGAAUAGAUUGGAACACGCUUUUCGUCAAAGAGAUCCUUAUUCUUCACUAUUCUUCAGAAGUGCGGAGUAAUGCAGGUGAUCGAAUUCGUUAUAUUUAUCACACAUGAUAAACAAAAACCAAAUCGGUGUGCGUUGGGUAUCGAGGAUUGCUGUAAGAUGUAAUAUUUCUGCCGAGACCGACAAUUUGUAAAUUUAAUAUGGAUGACGACCCGCGACUGUCACAUUAUGUAUACAUUUAUAUGGCUAAUAGAGAUAAACCAUUAAAAUUUGCAUUUAUUGUUGGUGAAACUAUCGAAUAUCUGUGUAUAAAGAUAUGCCAUACUUUCAAUAUAAAUCCUUUGGCGAGACAUUUGUUUGCACUGCAAAGUUACUCUUCAAAAUUAUGGUUCCCUUGUGGUCACAUACUAGAAGAAGACUCAGAGAAGUGUAGAUUCAACUUUCGCUUAAGAUUCAAGCCAUCCAGUAUGGAUAGGCUAAGAGAAAUAGAUGUAAAUGCAUAUAAUUAUUAUUUUGAGCAAGUUCGCAAGGAUGUAUUAGAUAAUAAAGUACCUGACAUUGUUUAUGAGAAACAUAAACAUGAAUUAAUUGGCCUAGGAGUUAGUGACAUGUACAGGGUAAUGCUUGAAGAAGAACUCCCACGAGAAAUUGUAGAAUCAGAAUAUAAAAAAUAUAUACCUAAGGAAUGCAUAAAAAGACAUGCCUUUUUUAUUAGAAAACCUAUUCACAAUGCACUUACAAAGUUAUCUGGGUAUGAUGCUGCAUAUGUCAAGGAGCAGUAUUUGAAACAAUUUGAACGCAUGGCUCCAAAUUAUCCAUACGAGGAAUAUACAGCAUUAAUGGAUAAAGAUGUUCCUAAUCUAAGAGCUAAAGUCUUGCUUAGGGUUACCAUAGAGCAAGUAAAUUACUGUGAGAUUGAUAUUGGUACUUGGAAAACAAUUUGCAGGAUAGAAGACAUUUCAACUCUUUCCAUAGGAAAGAACAACACUGUGUUAAUUGGGAGGAGGACUGGCAUACCAUUGUGUGUACAAUUUGAUACAAAAACGAUUUUAUUGUCAUUUGUAUCUGCAUUGGAUGGAUAUUAUCGCUUAUCUGUUAAGUGGAAUUUUAAUCUCUGUAGUGGUGAUGUUAGUAUUAUUACGCCUUCGUUAGAAAGAUUACAAAAAUUAAGGUGCCAUGGACCAGUUGGAAAAGAUUUCUCGUAUACGAAACUUAAGGAAAAAUGUGCCAACGAGUCAGGAAGUUAUAUACUACGCGAGAGUGAAACCGAGUAUUGUGUUUUUUAUAUCGACGUUUACAACAAAGACGGAACUAUAUCUUCGCAAAAAGUAGUAGAAUCUAAACCUGAUAAAUUUAUAAUGACAAACAGUUCUCGGGUGUAUGAAUCUUUGAGGCAUUUAAUUUCUUCAUUCCAAAAUCCCAAUGAAUCAAUAUACUUUGGAAAAUGCUUGGGAUUUUCAGAGUAUGACAAGUCCAAAUUAUUACUUUGUGCUUCGGAAAAUGUCGUAAACGAAGUAGCAGCAGACGAGGAAAUAAUUACUACUCUAUUGCAAGGUGGACCGCGAUGCGUACCAUGGAAUGAAUUACAGGUAUACAAAGCGAUUGCAAAGAGUGAUGAAGAUUUGACUUGUUCUACAAUAAUGACGGGUUUGCAUCGAGCUAUAUGGCGAGUUGCUAAAGGCAAGAAACUUGAAGUUAUGAUGAAAAUAUUGAAGACGGAGGAGAAUAAUUAUACCAAAGAAUUUUUAGAAUUAGUUGGCAAAUGGAGCCAACUGCGUUCGGUAGCUUUAGUUAGAUUAUAUGGCAUAACAGUAGCCCCAACGAUCGGAAUGCUACUUGAGCUGGUGAAUUUGGGUCCGUUGGACAAGUACCUGUGCAGCAAUAGUAAGUCUGUAUUAACGGUUGAUAUGGUAGAAGCCACCGUCUGUCUGGCAACAGCUCUAUGGCAUUUGGAGGAGAAUCGUGUAAUUCAUGGAAAUAUAAGAUGCCGGAACGUUUUCAUACAUUCGCAUACAGAUAACAGUUUUAUUGUCAAAUUGGGUGAUCCUGGUCUCUUUACUUAUACCGACGACGAUAUAUAUUGGAUACCACCAGAAUGUUACACCGAUUUUACAUCCGCAAAAUAUAGUCUUCAAGCGGAUAUAUGGGCAUUGGCAACAACCAUUUGGGAGAUAUUUUCCAGAGGAGCUCCUCCACCUAAAUAUCACAAAACUCAUACUGUUAAAAUGUAUUAUAAGUGUGGAAACCGAUUGCCUCCUCCUAAAGAUUGUCCAAACGAAAUCUAUAAAUUAAUGUUGGAAUGCUGGGGCAAAAAUAAUUCCAUAGCAAGGAAACAACCUCAAGCUAUUAUGCGAGAUAUCAACCAGAUUCUUUAUGAAGUCUAUAAUGCUCGUAGAACACAUACUUAUGCUACUAUAUGCCCCAAGCUAUUCCGAGAUGUUGAUGCAAAUAAUGACGAAAAUGGCAGUAUUUAUACAGAAGAAAGUAAAUCAAAUAGUGAAUCGCAAACGAGUCUGGUCACUGAUUAUACUAAUAUUACUUGGAACGAUCAUACUACGGAGCAAUUGGUCAGCUAUCAGAAUCAAGACAGCAACAUAGAUGAAUUGUCAUUUUAUCUGCGUUGGCUAAAUAGUGAAUUGUACAAGAUGCCAGUUGCGGGUAACGGUAGCGAUUGUGGUCCGAGUUGUGAAGAUAACUCAGGCAAAACCAACAAAAGUAAAACCAAUGACAAGGCUUGCAACAGCAAAGACAGUUCCCAAUGGCAGCGUACUUAUGAGAUAAAUGAAAAUUUGGAUGUGAUCUUGCAAGGACGUAUAGGUGAAGGCUUUUAUGGUGAAGUAUAUAAGGGUACACUCAGAAGGCGCAAUGGUAAGGAAGUUGAUUCGGAGCAGGAUGUAGCCGUCAAGAAACUCAAGACGCAAGCGGAUUCAGAAAAUGUGCUUGACUUCGAGAGAGAAAUUAAAAUCAUGGAGAGACUCAAUCAUCCAAAUAUUGUAAAAAUUUUAUGCUCAGUAGACCGAAUUCUGGUGAUGGAAUUUAUUCAAUAUGGCUCGUUAUUAAGUUACUUAAGUUCGCAUCGAUUUAGCCUCGCAUAUAAAACAUUAUUAGGCUUUGCUCUGGAUAUCGUUGCAGGCAUGGAGUAUCUCGGUAGUAUGAACAUUGUCCAUCGAGAUUUAGCAGCGAGAAAUAUCCUAGUAGCAAACGAGGAUCGAGUAAAAAUCAGCGACUUCGGUCUUGCGCAAGUGAUAGCUGCAAGUGAUUAUUAUGUAUUUAAAACACUUCGUAAUAUUCCAAUUAAAUGGUAUGCACCGGAGAGCUUGAGGCAUAACAAAUUUUCAACCCGUUCGGAUGUGUGGUCAUUUGGUGUGACAAUGUACGAGGUUUUUAGCUAUGGCGUCGAUCCACAACUGUCAGUCAGGGUGGCAGAGAAAGAAAUUUUAAUGACUACUAUAACGGACCUACUAAACGCGUUAGAACGUGGCCAUCGUCUUCCUUGUCCAGACAACUGUCCACAGGAAAUCCAUAGAAAAUUAAUGUCAUCAUGCUGGCAAUUGAAUAGUCAUGAGAGACCGAUCUUCGCUACUCUACGCGAAGAUAUCGAGCAAUUACUUUGUAAUUAUUAAAAUACUUUGCAAUUCUACGUAAAUAUUUUAAAAAUAUGACGUA